UGGGGCAAUUUUGAUCGUUCAACGGUGGUACGCGAAGUUCUUUUCAAUAUCACUGUUUUAAGAUACAUACGUAUCAUACCCAAGACACACCAGACUACACCUUGCUUGAGGACAGAGAUCUAUGGAUAUCAAGUAAAUCAAACUUGUUCAAGUCAUAGCUUGGGCAUACCAAGCCCUAAACGGGUUCUCAACCACAGGAUUUCAGCAACAUCAUAUUACAAUAACGAACACCAUCCUUAUAUGGGAAGACUUGGCUCAGAUUCAGCAUGGGGGCCAGAAAAACAAAAAGGUUAUGACUACCUCCAGAUUGAUGUUGGUGCUGUGUCGUAUAUAUGUUCUAUAGCAAGCCAAGGCAAUGGGGAUAAUGAAUUAUACGAGUGGGUCACGAAGUAUGAGGUGUUGUAUUCUACAACCAAUAACCAGUAUAUAACAUACAGCGAGAAUGGGACAGACAAGGUAAAAUGCAUUUUUUUUAUGUAUUAAAAAACCUUGAGCUGCUACGAUAUUUUAUCUUGUUAGGUUUUUUAGCUUGUUUUAAUAACCCUCACAAUUUCCACUAAG